ACCGACCCCUCCCCAUUUUUCACAUGACAUGCUGAAAAUCAAGUUUGGAACAUCUUUUUAUUUUAACCUGCUGCAUUCGGCGAUUUGAUAGCUGAAAAAUGGAUGUAGCACUAAUCCAUGAAGAACUGGAACUGAUAAGCAGUCAAGAAAAAUUCUUUCUGGUUCCUGUUAAUUCUUCCACUGACGAAGCACUGGAGAUUGACAGACUGAACUUUGACCUGCAACUAAUUGCAAAGAGAGACAUUAAGCUCAAUGGACAUGAUAAGCGGAGGAUAGUAGCAUUGAUGGGUAUCAUUCAUUUGGUGGCAGGUCCUUACCUUAUUGUGGCUGUAAAGAGGCGACCAGUCGGUAACAUUGAUGGGUCUAUGGUGUACGAAGUAAUGGAAACUGAUAUCAUCCCGUUCACUAAAACCACCAUUCACCUAUCAGAGCCACAGGGUAGAGACAAUGAUGCUUAUCUGGCCAUGAUUCGUAGAGUCCUGGCAACACCUGGAUUUUAUUUUUCUUACCGGCACGAUCUCACCAAUUCACUACAACGAGUGCAGCAUAACUGCCAGACCAAAGGCAGCACGUUUACCACUCUCCCACUACAUGAGAGGGCAGAUGAACGAUUCUUGUGGAACGGGCACCUACUACGUGACCUGGUUGUUAUGCCUGAGCUCAGGAGGUUCAUUGUGCCUAUCAUGGUCGGCAACGUGUCUAUCAGCCAGUGCAAGGUCAACUCAAAGACCUUUGUCUUUACUCUCAUCUCAAGAAGAAGUGUCCGAAGAGCUGGAGUUCGAUUCUAUGUCAGAGGACUUGAUGAUGAAGGAAAUGUUGCUAACUACGUAGAAACUGAGCAGCUUGUAUCUUACAAUGGAAACAAAACUUCUUUCAUCCAGACCCGUGGAUCGAUUCCCCUGUUCUGGUCCCAGAAACCAACUCUCAAGUACAAGCCCACUCCAUGUGUUGAUGUAUCCGCAGACCAUGCAAAGGCAAUGCAGAAACAUUUUGAUGAACAGAUUGUGUACUAUGGACAGCAAGUAGCUGUCAAUUUGAUUGACCAAAAAGGGUCUGAGAAGAAUCUUGGCGAUACAUUUGGGAAAUUUAUCAAAUCGAUGUCAAGUUGCCUCAUAGCGUACGAUGCAUUUGAUUUUCACAAGGAGUGUAGCAAAAUGCGAUGGCAUAGACUAUCCAUUCUUAUUGACCGAUUGCUGCCCAAACUAACGGAAUUUGGGUUCUACAUGGCUGACCCCAGUGGGACUGUGGUGUGUGUGCAGCAAGGAGUCUUCAGAAGCAAUUGCAUUGACUGUCUGGAUCGUACCAAUGUGGUGCAGAGCAUGCUAGCACAAAAGUGCUUAGAAUCACAACUACAGCGUCUUUCUGUUUUGGGCAACAAAGAAACAUUGGAUAAGAAGGAACAGUUCCUAAAGACAUUCAAGAACGUUUGGGCUGACAAUGCUGACAUGUGCUCAAAGCAGUAUGCUGGUACUGGGGCCUUGAAGACAGACUUCACAAGGACAGGUAGCAGAUCUUAUGCUGGUAUGCUGAGGGAUGGAUACAAUUCAGCAAUUCGCUAUUUUUACAACAACUUCUAUGAUGGGUUUCGUCAAGACUCUAUUAACCUUUUUCUGGGUGAUCACGAGGUGGACAGAUGGGAGGGAAUUGUGACACCUUCUCCUCUGCAUGUCGAACGAUCUUGGAGGUUCAAAACUCUUCCAAUCGUUCUACUGAUAGGACUGUCAAUGCUCUUUAUGACUUUAAUUCUUCCAAGCACUAACCCAUUGUUUCAACUGCUGUACAUUCUGUUUUGGGGUCUUGCUGUGUUUGCAACUCUGGCCUACCUCUAUCGCUAUGGACCUGAGUUUGUGGACAAGCCAAAGUUAGGAAAGAAAGGACAAUAGCUAGUGUACCUGUUAUAGUUGCUUUAGAUAUAAUAUUGAAUGCUAGUGUAAGGUAAUGAUUACAAUUGUGUAGACUUCUAUUCUUCUAUUUUUGUGUGUGUCAGUUA